UUACAAACAUGCAGCUUCUGUCUUCACAAGAUCUUAACUGCAGUGGCGUGGAUUAUUGUGAUGUUUGUAUCGGCUAUUUGAUAAAACCAAAUGUAGCUACUUUAUCUGUAGAUGUGUUUGGAGGGGAAAAAAAACAAUUCCAAAAGAGAGUCCGAUUUCAUUUAUUAUGUAUGCAAUUGUAUCACCGUCCUUUAUUAAUACUGUCCAUAGCAUUUCCAGAGUUGAUAUGUCCGUGCACGUUAAAAAAGACCAGAAUGCAGCAUGGGGUGCGUCUCGCGGAUCUCACCACAGAAUGUGUUUUCAGAAGCAGAGAGAUUCAUCAAAGCUGGAGAAGGAGAAGACGUCGAAGAGCGGAAAACUGAAGAGAGCGAAGAAGAACAAGCACGACGUGGAGGCAGAAAUCGCUGCCGGAGUACAGGCUAAAAAGAGUAAGAACAAGGGCCAUGAGCUGCAGUUCUCAGCGGUGAAGUUCGAGGACUUCGGCGGCAGUGAGGAAACUCUAGAGGAGGUCUGUAAGCUGCUGAUCCACACGAGGCAUCCGGAGGUGUACCAGCGGCUGGGAGUGGUUCCUCCGCGGGGGUUCCUGCUGCAUGGCCCGCCGGGGUGUGGGAAGACCCUGCUGGCUCAGGCUGUGGCUGGAGAGGUGGGCCUGCCGAUGCUGAAGGUCUCGGCUCCGGAGCUGGUGUCAGGAGUCUCCGGAGAAUCAGAGCAGAAGCUGCGGGAACUGUUUGAGCAAGCCAUAGUAAGAGUCACACUCCGGCCGGUACAGUACAUGUCAGUUGUUCUCUGGUCUAAAGCUGUGAACUACACAGGGAAGCCCGUCAGUUGUUCGUCUUGCUGUCAGAAAGCAGAUCUGGAGCAGCUGCUGUCGUUGUUGAAGAGGAACGAGGCUCUGAGCGAGGAGCAGCUCUCUGGACUCUGUGUGCUCAUGUCAGACUUCAGGACCUCGUUAGCCAGAGUCCAGCCGUCUGCGAAGCGCGAGGGGUUCGCCACUGUCCCGGACGUCACCUGGGAAGACGUGGGCGCGCUGCAGGACAUUCGUGAGGAGCUCAACAUGGCCAUCAUGGCUCCCAUCAAUAACCCCGAGCAUUUCCGAGCUCUGGGUCUGAACACGCCUGCUGGAGUGCUGCUCGCUGGACCGCCCGGAUGCGGAAAGACCCUGUUAGCCAAAGCUGUUGCUAAUGAGUCAGGCUUAAACUUCAUCUCUGUCAAGGGUCCAGAGCUGCUCAAUAUGUAUGUGGGUGAGAGCGAGCGGGCCGUCAGACAGGUCUUCCAGAGGGGCAGGAACUCAGCGCCGUGCGUCAUCUUCUUCGAUGAGAUCGAUGCACUUUGUCCUCGCCGCUCCGAGCAUGAGUCAGGAGCCAGCGCUCGCGUCGUAAACCAGCUGCUCACCGAGAUGGACGGCAUGGGGAACCGCCAGCAGGUUUUCAUGAUGGCCGCCACCAACAGGCCAGAUAUCAUUGACCCCGCUGUACUCAGACCAGGACGACUGGACAAAACUCUGUAUGUGGGUUUACCGCCUCCCGCAGACAGACACGCCAUAUUGGUCACGAUUACUAAGAACGGCACCAAACCACUUCUAGAUUCAGAUGUCAAUCUCGAGGAAAUUGCCCAUGAUGCACGUUGUGAGAGUUUUACAGGUGCAGAUCUGUCGGCGCUGGUGCGAGAGGCGUGUGUUAACGCUCUGCGAGUUCACCUGAGCUCACGACCAGCUCAAGCACACACAGAGCCGGUGAAGGACAUCCGAGUGAGCCGAAUUCACUUCGAAGACGCCUUCAAGAAGGUGCGACCGUCUGUGUCCAAGAAGGACCAGAUAAUGUAUGAAAAACUGAAAGAGACCCUCACAAGAUGACAACCGUUGAUCAGAAAUCUACAUUUGGAUUCCAUUUUUAUUACUAAGAAUAAAAAAGAUGAUAAACUGUUUGAGAGUUUUCUCCUGAUCAUUGUUUUGUGCAUUUGUCUUCGUUCAGGGGAGAUUUCAGCAUUUUUUUUACAUGAUCAAACAUUUCAUAUGCAAUAAAGUGUAUAUUAGAAACUGUUUCAGUGUUUUAACAAACAUUACAUGACGCGUUAAGUUUUUUUUUUGUACAUGUAGACUGAACUUUAGUUUUAUAGAUUUUUACCUGUUGUGUUUUUGGAACGGAACAGACCCUUAACAGAAAACACAACAUUGUAGUUCAGUGUUUUUCUUCCAGAAUGACUAUCAUUCAAAUGUAUCCCUGACUGAUCCAUCAUGAACUGAAGCACCAGCAAUCUUUGAGAGGUUUGAGAAAGAUCUUGUGUGUAUAUAUAUGCACUACUAGUCCAAGGAUUUGACACACUUAAAACUUUUAUUUCUUAUUAAACCUAUAUAUAACGACCUGCUUGAAAUUGUUUUUUUUGCAUACAAAUAUAAAUCGUCUUAUUUCCCAAAUGAACAAGUUGUCAAUUGUCUAAACCUUUGAUCAGUAGAGUACUCCAAUUCCACUAUUCAGGGUUAAAAUGCAUAUCAAAUAUUUCUGAUGGAUGACAGUAACAAUCAUUAGACACCAGCUCAAAUUUAUUAAGGCUUUUCAGUUUCGUGAUACAAAACGUAUAAAUGUUGACCACUCAAAACUUCAUUCACUGUUAGCCAAGGUGUGUCAAUUCACGAAAUAAAGAAGUAUAACAGAGGCUUGAACACACAGGCCUCUUCACCAAACCACCAGAUUUGGGCGUCUAUUAAUGAGAUGAGUAGCAUUAAUCACUUUUGAGUACUUGAAGACCCACUGCACUGAACCUCUCCAAAACCCGAAACACGCGAGUCAGAUUAUCUGGACAUUAUCGGCCGAUGCCGACGUUUACAUUUAAAGCCUUUAUCGGCAGAUUCCGAUAACAUUGAGCAUCCCUACUUCCACGCAGGAGUAAAUGCAGAACAAAACAAUUGCUUAAAACUAAAAGCGUCUGAAUGUUCAGACCAUGUGUAACAGAGGAGCUCAAACGUUUUGGUUCACAAUUAAAAUUCGACAGCACACUUGCUAAAAAAAAA